CUGGUUUAUACCUACACACCUAAGGUUUUAAGGCUUACAGUCUCUUAAUUAGUGUCAUUAGUGCUAUUGGAUUAUCAAACAUCUCAUUGGUGUUUAGAGAAGAAUGAAAAGAUCAAAGAGUUCAUCACCACAAAACAGUUUCACUAUGCGACGAACUAGUUCAACGUGGAGUAUUUUGGCCAGCAAGCGGAAGAGGAAGGGAUCGCCCGUGUUGACUCGUCAGGUUUCCGCCUCCGAUAACCUCCUGGCCGAUAUCAAUAAACUUGAUUCCAAAGGAAGAAGUCUUCUAUUUUUGGCCGCUAGGUGUGAUCAACCGGAAGUUGCUAUUCAGUUACUGGAUGCUGGAUGUAAUGCCAAUCUUGCCGACAGUGAAGGCAAUACACCUUUACAUGAGGCUGCAGAGUGCGGACACGUCGAGGUCGUCAAUAUUCUACUAAAGAAUGGUCAGUGCGACAUAAACGCAAAGAACCUGUUUGGUCAAACUCCACUAAUGCGUGCCGUGUUUACCGACAACCUGGAGGUCGUUAAAAGACUUGUAAAAGCAGGGUCAGACCUUCAUCGUGUGGAUAGUCUGGGGAAGUCGGCGCUAAUGAUCGGCCUUCAGGAGGGGGCGGAAAUAUCAUGCCUAUACCUCAUCAAAGCCGGUAGUGACGUCAAUAUGACUGACCACGAAGGUCAUUCUGUUCUAUUUUAUUCCGUCCAUUCGUCAUACCUUCAUACGUUAGAGGUGGCCAAAAAGCUUAUUAAGGCUGGUUGUGAUAUUUUAAGGAAUGCUUCCUGGUUAGUAGACUCUAAAAACGACCAAAAUUGUUUACUAUUGGAGGAUCCAAAAUUCCAUUCUGUGCUUCUCUCCAAAGUUGGCAUCAAAGAGAAACAUUACAAAAAACAAGACUUAAUUUCUACUUUAAAAAUAACAUUCCAGGGACGUUCAAAUCGGGAUUCUAAAUGUGCGACAUUAUAAAUAUUUUAUGAACCAUUUAUUGCAUGUAAUGAUGUAUUUCUUUCAUCUUAAUUGAUGAAAGGGACCGCUUUACCUAAAGUAAUGUACAUUAACAUGUGUUUGAGUGUCUUUGGACGCUACGCAGUAUCCAGUUUCGUUUUCUUUUGAUAUGGAUACAUACGUGCCGUUCAUUUCACUUUUUGUAUUUUUUUUUGUACAUCCACUGCAAGUCUAUAAAUAAACCUUAAUUAUCAUUA